GGGGAGAGAGUCCCGUCAUCGGCUAUGUAAUACACCUACUGCGUUCAUUCUGGACGCAAUGGGGAAGAAAACCUUCAUUAUUUUUGCAACACACAGAGAAGACUUUGCUUCAAACUAAUUGUUGCUCUUCAGACACAAAUCGCUCCCCGCUUCAUUUUUCUCCCCCCUGCGCUGCAGCAUCCUUGCAGUCUGCUGCCGAUUCCAUUUUUCCCCAAGACUGCGUUUAGAGGUGCCAACGACGGAACCCGGUUGGUUCACAUAUGUGUGUUUCUGUCUGAACCAGCGGCGGGCGGUUUCAUUGUUCACUGUGCAUGGAGGCAACGAUGUGACACAAGGAGGAAAAAAAAAAAAGUUUGGACAUCCUUGUGUUUCUUUUCAUAUUUUUUUUUUAUUUUUUGCAAGAAGAGGCAUUACUUGGGUUUAGAUGGACAGCCAGGAUUAAAGAGGCGUCUAGGAUCCAUAUGACGGACAGCUGUGCAGAGCAGGAAUCGGGCAAAACUGAAGCUCUCUGAUGAAAACGCAGCUGCACCGACCUCCCAGCACUGUUGCAUGUUCUCCACACUCAUAUAUCGGCCCCCAGCGGUUUGUUGCAUGGUCGGAGAUUGCUGAUUUUUGGCUCCGAUCGGAACUCAGAUCAGUUCCAUGCAGCUGUCUCCUGAAAGACGGUGCGUGACAUGCAGCGAUGCGCGGGACUCACAGGCAUUUCUAAUCAGGAUGACAUUUAGUUAAAAAAAAAAAAAAAAAAAAAAGCAACUCUCGGCGGACCGAGACCAACGAGCGACGUCUUCUCCCCCCGCUGUGCCAGAAUACAACGCUUCCAGAUCCGACCUGCUACCGGCGGCGACUAUAGACUCUCUGUUUGCGGACUGGGUUCGGGCAGAUGGCUGCUAUCGCCAGCUCCCUGAUCCGGCAGAAACGCCAAGCCAGGGAAUCCAACAGCGAUCGUGUCUCCACCUCAAAGCGUCGCCCCAGCCCCAGCAAAGACCCCCGCUCUCUCUGCGAGAGACAUUUCUUGGGGGUCUUCAGCAAAGUCCGUUUCUGCAGCGGCAAGAAAAGACCCGUUCGGCGGCGACCAGAUGCACCCUUGAAACCUCCACAGGUGUCCCAUAAGGGCUGCAGGCUAGAGCCACAGCUGAAAGGCAUUGUGACAAGACUGUUCAGCCAGCAGGGCUUCUACCUGCAGAUGCAGCCGGAUGGGACAAUCGACGGCAGCAAGGACGAGAACAGCGACAACACCCUGUUUAAUCUUAUUCCUGUGGGUCUAAGAGUGGUGGCCAUCCAAGGGGUAAAGAGCGGCUUCUACAUCGCCAUGAACGGCGAGGGCAUGCUCUACAGUUCGGAGGUGUUCACACCAGAGUGUAGAUUUAAGGAGUCAGUUUUUGAAAACUACUACGUGAUCUACUCAUCGACUGUGUACCGGCAGCAAGAGUCGGGCAGAGCAUGGUUUCUCGGUCUCACAAAGGAGGGACAAGUCAUGAAAGGCAAUCGGGUCAAGAAAACUAAGCCUUCAUCUCACUUUGUGCCCAGGCCUAUUGAAGUUUGUAUGUACCGGGAGCCAUCGCUGCAUGAGAUAGAGGACAAGCACCGCUCCAGAAAGAGCUCAGGGACUCCCACCAUGAACGGAGGGAAAGCUGUCAAUCAAGAUUCCACAUAGCACCAGUUACAGGGAUUUCCAGUAGGGGGUUCGGGUGAGGGAUGUUGGGUUGGCAUCUUCCUGACUUAGGGGGAAGGGGCCAAGAUAAAGAAAAAAUAAAAACUUCACCAUUCCCCCUGAGAUUUCUGCCCCUCCAUACUCUUUUUAAACAAAAGAGGGUGUGGAACAGCUGCAAGGAGCUAUAACUGUACAACCAAGAAAACAAGAACAAAACUGAACUCUUGCCUGUGAAAAUGUUUUAGAUAUAUAUAUAAAUAUAUAUAUUCUUGACCAACAUUUUAUGCAAAACUGAUAAAAAAAAAGGCUGUGAAAACAAAGGAAAUAUGUUCUCUCUUCACAUAUAUACAAAUAUGUCAUUUUUAUUUUAAGUUGUGAAAAAAGCUUUAAUACAUGUUGAGUUUUCAUUCGAGACCCUUUUCCUACACAUUGCUGCACUUUAAUGGAUUAUUGGGUUAAAUUUGUAAAUGAUAUCCUCAGCAUUUAUCAUUAUAACUCUCAUUACUGAUUUACUGAGUGGAAUUCAAUAUCAGUGACAGUAAUAGUGGUUCGUUUAUGGGGUUUUUUCUGUUAUGUUUUUUUUUUCAUUAUAUCAUCUUCAAUGGAAGAUCAAAGGUUAAGGUUAUCAAUGGUAGGAUGUUAUUUACUCAGGUGUGUACUGUAAGUUAGACCAAUGUGACUCAGAGGGGAUGAACUUCCCUGUGUUAUCCUGCUGCUGCAGGAUAGAAAUACAUUAAGCAAUAUCAUAAAGGGCAAUUUGGGAUGUUUUAAAAGGAAUGUAAUAAUGAGCUAAGAUCACAUUGCUGCUCUCUACAAAUGACCCACAAAGGAAGUUGCAUAAGUGGGUAAAUAUUAUCUAUCUUGGUACAGUUUUAUAUGAUAGCAAAGAUUGUCAAUUUUUGUGCAGACACGAGCAAACUGUGCAAAAUAGAAUAAAAUAAAUUGCUCUCCAAAAGCUGAAAUACCAGUAAUGACCAGCAUCGAUAUUUUGAGCCAUUGCUGCUAAAAGGUUACUAUAUAUUUGCACCUCAAGAGAUACUGUUAGCUGUAAGAAACCACAAAAUAUAAUUAUAUUAAGAACUACUUGGAGAUGGAGAAAUCAAGAAGUAUUCUUUGACGGAAGAUGUGAUCUUGCUUUGUUAGGAUGAAAGAGAAGCUGUCAAGAAUGUUAUGAUCCACAAUCUCUUUUAUGUUUAUUAUGAAAUUAUUAGUGAUCUUUUAUUAUUGUUGGACAGGAUGCCUGACUGUUGGAUAAAUCACUGCUAAAAUUUCAACACCAUUAUAUCUGCUUUUCCAUCACGCUGAAAGCUAAAAGUUCGAUUGAGUAACGAUCCAUGAAAGGAGCUAUUCACUGUAUCAUGAAGAAGAGUUUAUUUUUCAUAAAUCUACACUCUUACAGGGCUGUUUAAACUUGCCGAUUUGACUGGUACACCUCAUCCUGUGUAGUUUGCUACACUCAUUCCUUGCCUCCUUUUGAGUUUAUCUAUCUCAGGAAGUCUCCCAGCUGUUUCAGUCAUGGAAUCUGACUUAAAAGAUGGCUGCUUAAUGCUCCAGGUCACAUUGCACAAAGCCUGGCGUUUUGGCAUGGAGGUGGCCCUAACCGUGUUAGGAAGGCGAGACAAAGAAAACAGACAAAGCAUGACCAUCGCAUGACUGUAAUAGUUUCUUUUAAGUUUUAUGUGAUUCUAAAAACAGAACAACAGUUUGACUUCUGGGAGCAUUUGUCCAAACAUUUUAUAUGCAAUGUUGAUUUCUGUAUUUUAGUGUAGUUUAUAUAUAUAUAUAUAUAUAUAUAUAUAUAUAUAUAUAUAUAUAUAUAUAUAUAUAUAUAUAUAUAUAUAUAUAUAUAUAUAUAUAUAUAUAUAUAUAUAUGUCUACUACUGUACAUUUGGGUGGAAACCAUUGAUUGCCAUGUUGGUAGUUUGUAAAGUAAAUAGCACACAUUCAGCUGCACAGAGCUAACAGCAGUGGUUGUAUAAGCAAUGUGACUAAGGAGGGUCUUCCACUUGGACUCCAGGCUCACAACUGACGCCUGCAAGAGCUAAUGGUAGAUUAGUUCAACUUCCACUUCACCUCCUGCAAUACUGCAUUACUGUGAAACGUACAUUACAUAUUAAUGUGAUACUGAAAGUCAAAAGGCAAGACCAGCAUAUAAGUAUCUUUUUAUAGACGUUUAUAUUGUAUAAAUGAGAAAUAUAUGGAGUUAACACAGUGCAUGAGUUGUACAUUGUCAGCUGACAGAGUUUGAAAAUGAAUGAAGUGGGUUAGGAGGUGAAAAACAGCAAAGCACUUUUGGUGGGUUUAUUGAUGUGCGAUAAGGGGGCAAAGACUUUGGUUUUUUGAAUUAUUAAUUAAAAUUUAAUAUUUUUAUGUUUUGCAGAUGAUUUCACUGCAAUCAAACACCCAUGUAUGCAUUAUGAAUUGUGAGAUUACAAAAAAUAUGCAUUGAUUAUAAAAUUCAGAAUGAAGUUAGUGGUUGUUUAAGAAUAAAGAUUAUGUUAUCAAAAAA